UCUCACGCAGUUGUACAUUUCCCAGCCUAUAAAAAGGUACGUGGCCAAGUUAGAAGCUUAAACCAAACACAAAUUGAUCAACCAAAACGAAAAUGGAGAAUCCCAAACAGUACAGAGGUCAUGUUGUGGUGCUUCCUUAUCCCAGCCAAGGCCACAUCAACCCUCUCCUCCAGUUCGCAAAGCGCCUGGCCUCUAAAGGCGUGAAGGCCACUCUAGCCACCACCAGCUACACUGUCAGCUCCAUUUGUGUCCCUAACGUUGGGGUUGAACCCAUCUCCGAUGGGUUCGACGAGUCUGGGUUUGCUCAAGCCGCGGAUGAGGAGACAUUUCUUCAGUCGUUCAAGGCCAACGGCUCGAGAACCCUAUCUCAAGUCCUGAAGAAGUUCGAAGACUCUGAGUUCCCGGUGAAUUGUGUUGUGUAUGAUUCAUUUCUGCCUUGGGCGCUUGAUGUGGCCAAGGAACAUGGCAUAUUUGGAGCGUCUUUUUUCACCAAUUCGGCUAGUGUGUGUAGCAUUCUUCUUCACAUUCACCAUGGUCUAAUUUCUCUGCCGUUUAAGCUCGAAGACAUGCCCUUGGUGAUUCCUGGCUUGCCUCCACUCGACAUUGCUGAUCUGCCUGGCAUGCUUAAGAAGCCGGAUAGUAACCCAGCUUACUUGAGGAUGCAACUGAAUCAGUAUUCAAACUUGGACAAGGCUGAUUGGAUCUUUGGAAAUACUUUCCAAGCACUAGAAAGCGAGGCUGCCAAAGGAGUAGCAAAGCUAUGGCCAGCGAAGUUGAUAGGCCCUAUGAUCCCUUCAGCUUAUUUGGAUGGUCAGAUUAAAGGAGAUAGAGGAUAUGGAGCAAGCCUAUGGAAGCCUCUUGGUGAAGAGUGCAUCAAUUGGCUAGAAGCAAAGGCACCUAAAUCAGUGGUGUAUGUCUCCUUUGGAAGCAUGGUGUCCCUGACAGCAGAACAGAUGGAAGAGUUUGCGUUGGGCUUGAAAGAAAGUGGGGUGCACUUUCUGUGGGUGGUAAGAGCAUCUGAACUGAGUAAAUUGCCGAAUGAAAUCAUUGAUUCAGUAAAGGAAAAGGGUCUACUAGUGACUUGGUGUAACCAGCUGGAAGCUUUGGCACAUGAUGCAAUUGGGUACUUUGUGACUCAUUGUGGUUGGAAUUCGAUUCUUGAAGGGCUCAGCCUUGGGGUUCCAAUGGUUGCAGUGCCAAAGUGGGCUGAUCAGAUGACCAAUGCAAAGUUUGUGGAGGAGAUUUGGGAGAUUGGAGUCAGAGCCAAGGAAGAUGAGGGGGGAAUUGUGAGGAAAGAAGAGUUUGUUGGGUGUUUGAAGGAAGUUAUUGAGGGAGAGAGAAGCAAAGAGAUCAAGAAGAAUUCGAGUAAAUGGAGGGAAUUGGCCAAGAAGGAAAUUAGUGAAAGGGGAAGCUCUGACAAGGGUAUUAAUGAAUUUGUAGAGCUUCUGGUGCCUGCUAAUGCCAAGGCUUUCCUGAACGGCAAGGAAUAGUCAGAACAUGUUAUUGCUUGAUAUGCCUAGCAAUUAUCUCACUCACAAAUGCUAGCCAUUAAAGCAUAGGUCGUUUUACCAUUUGUUUGCUGCCUUGUGUGUUUUUUUUAUAAAUCAAAUAAUUUCAUUCACACGAAAGUGUUACUAGUGAUAUGAACAAUUGUUUUUUUAGGCUGCCUUGUGUGUUUAGUUGGUGCCUAUCUCUUUAUUGUCAUUCGUCUUCAGUUGAUUGUAUUCUUACCUUGCUUCUUUC